GCUGGCCUCAGUUUCCUUAUAUGUAAAAUGAGCUGGAGAAGGAAAUGGCAAGCCUCUUCAGUAUCUCUGCCAAGCCCACAUAGGGUCACGGAGAGCUGGACUCUCACUCAGUAAGCACUGAUUAAGCGCCUACCAUGUACAGCUCCCCAUUUGUGGCCCCGGGCCUUGACUGAAAAGCUGGGGGGGGAAGAGGGGAAAGACUGCUGAUCUUCCGGGCCACCUUUGUUUGAGAGAAGGUGGAGGGUCUUAUCCAAGGUCACAGGGUCACGGGGGGGGGGGGAGAGGUGUCUUUUGGCCUUCUUUUGUGUCCCCAGCGCUUAGCACAGCGACUGGCACCCAGCGGGCGAUUAAGCAUGUAACGCCCGACUUAAAGUAGGACAGUGACUGGCUCAAGGUCACACCGCCCUAAAGGGAAACGCCCGAGCACUCAGGGGACUUGAGUUUAGACAAUGGUCAGGUCCUCUUCCAAGCCUCAGUUUCCCCGCACACGGCGCCCUUCCCCGCCCCCACAGGCUGACGUCCAGUCCGCUCAGCCCCUGAUAUGGUCCCGCGCCUGCGCCCUGCUGCAACCGACGAGCGCGGCCCCGCGGCGGGCGUGCUCGUGCCCGCGCCCGGCCCCGCCCCGGCCGCGCCGCCACGACCCUCCCCCUCCCCCCCAUCGAGGUGGCAGCAGCAACGGGAAGAUGGAGGCGACGGAGCUGCUGGUGGUGUUGCUGCUGUUCGCUUUGUUGGCCCUGCUGAUAGUGGUGCUCGCAGCGCAGGGCCGGAGACGCUGGAACCAGAAGUGCGGCGACCCCCUGGACGAGCAGAAGACCAAUGGAGUUUCCUUCCAUAAAAGCCAAGCACACAGGAAACAAAAGCAACGAUACCAUAAGGAAAAGCCUCAUCAGCACAUUUUUGUUCAUGCUCUCCUGGCCGCCGAAUUGAAGGGCCAUAGCGGGAAUGUCAGUAGCAUGGACUUCAGCAACAACGGUAAAUAUCUGGCGACCUGUGCCGAUGACCGAACCAUCCACAUCUGGAGCACCAAGGAUUUCUUGCAUCGGGAACAUCGAAGUCUUCGCGUUAAUGUGAAGUUGGACCAUGCCACCUUGGUGCGCUUCAGCCCUGACUGCAGAGCCUUGAUCGCCUGGCUGGCUAAUGGAGACACCAUCAGUGUAUUCAAGAUGAAAAAGAAGGAUGAUGGUAACAGUAGUUUCCAGCCUAUGGAAGAGGACUUUCCUAAGAGGCACAAGGCUCCAGUCAUCAACGUUGGCAUUGCUGAGACAGGAAAGUUCAUCAUGUCAGUCUCCAGCGACACUACGAUCAUCAUCUGGACCUUAAAGGGGGAAGUGCUGUCCAUCAUCAACACCAACCAGAUGAACAACACCUACGCCCUCAUCUCCCCUUGCAGCAGAUUUGUGGGCUCAUGUGGCUUCACUCCAGAUGCUAAAGUUUGGGAAGUUUGCUUUAACAAGAAUGGGCAAUUCCGGGAGGUGACACGUGCUUUUGAACUGAAGGGCCAUACCGCGGGUAUCCACUUCUUGGCUUUCUCCAAUGACUCCUGCCGGAUGGCGACUGUCUCCAAGGAUGGGACGUGGAAGUUGUGGGCCACAGACGUGGAGUACAAGCAGCAGCAAGACCCCUACGUCCUGUUGACAGGGCCGUACGGCGAGGCGGCCUCCACGCCCUGCAUCCUGGCCCUCUCUCCUGACGCCCAGGUCCUGGCUCUGGCCAGCGGCAACAACAUACGCCUCUAUAACACAAAGCGGGGCGAGGCAGAGGAGAGCUUUGACAAGGUCCAUGAAGAUCGGGUGGCUGAAAUGGCCUUCGACACCACAGGGCGGUUCCUGGCUUCCUGUGGAGACAGGGUGGUGAAGAUCUUCCAUAACACCACUGGGCAGAGGGCCAUAGUGGAGAAGAUGCGGGGGCUCCUCAAACAGGGCCCCACUGAGACCACCCGACAGAGGCUCAGUCAGCAGCUGGCCCAAGCCCAGGCCACUCUCAAAAGGCUGGGGGCCGGGAAGGUCUGAGGUGGGAGAGGUUGGACUGAGAAGGGAGCAGUUGACAGAAGCGGGGCCCUUGCUGCUGUUCCCUCUGCUUUGAAGCGGGGCGGGGGGCAUCAUCCUAGGGUGUCUCUCUUGUUUCUCCCUUUCCUCGCCCCCACUCCCUUCUGUCUCACUAGACAUUUUUGGGACUGCAGGCCAAAAGUAGCUGCCCUUCACCAGCUAAGGCCUUGUCCCUGGGUCUCUGGAAACAUUCCAUGUCAGUGUCUGGCACCUGGAAAACAUUUUGGGACUCCAGGCCCUACUCUUUCUCCAAGGAAGGACCUCGGACCCCUAGGCCCAUUGUGUUGGCAGCUGCCUUUGGGCAUAGAUAGUAAUUAACUGUGGUGCUCGUCCCUGUUGUGGGUCCAAGGCACAGAUUCUAGCCAGACCUGGACAGUGUUUUAGGAGGAAAAGAAAAAUGUGUGGAGCAGAUAGAGGGUGGAAUCAGAAUGAUCUUUUAUCUUGUGGCAGUCCUAGUGUAAGCAGGAUUAGAGAUAGGCCAAAGCUGGGUUUUAGAUAAGGACCAAGAUUCACUGGAGGGCAGAAUGGGCAGGUGGUUUAUUUCCAAUAAUAGAGCUAGGGCCAAGAAAUGUGAAAGUUGGGUCAUUAUUUACCUGUGAUUUUUGACUCGGGGUAACCUGAGCAGGGCACUAAAUCUUCUGUCCUGUUUUCCUCCAUUUCAUAGUUUGUAAGAAGAGAGGAAUGAUAUCCACUUGUUAACUACCUCACAGAGGUGUUGUGAGGGCAGAUGAGAGUGUGUUGUUUUCUUCCAUUUUGGACAAAAGAUGCUAAAGCUUUAAAUACA